AAUGAGAGAAAUCAUUUCAUUUCAUUUUGGCCAAUCCGGAGUUCAAUUAGCUCAUCCACUUUGGGAAUUAUAUUCAUUAGAACACGGUAUCAAUUUAGAUGGAUCUGUUCCUAAUACUUCUGAAUCCUCAGAUAAAGACACAAAUCGAAAUAUAUUAUUUUCUGAAACUCAAAAUGAUUGCUAUGUACCAUUGGCUUACUUGGCUGAUGAUGAUUGUUAAGGUAUUGAUCAAAUUAGAAAUGGCUAACUUAAAUAAUUGUUUUCAACUAAAUUUCUUUAAGAAUUUUAAGAAGAUUCAGGAAGUCUUUGGAUUUCAAGUUAUAAAAGUGCUCAAGCAUCAGAAAUUUUUAAAAAUCAAAUUCGAUAAUUAUUAGAUAAAUGCGAUUCCUUAUAAGGAAUAAUGAUAUAUCAUUCUGUUAGUGGUGGUUUUGGNUGAAUGUAGAUAUUACAGAGUUUUAGACAAAUUUGGUUCCCUAUCCUAGAAUUCAUUUUAUGCUUUGUUCAUAUGCACCUAUCAUUUCAGCAGAAAAAGCUUAUCAUGAAUAAUUAUCAGUAGCUGAAAUUACAAAUUCAGCAUUCGAACCUGCAAAUAUGAUGGCCAAGUGUGAUCCAAGACAUGGUAAAUAUAUGGCUUGUUCAAUGCUUUAUAGGGGAGAUGUUGUUCCUAAAGAUGUCAAUGCUGCUAUUGCUACUAUAAAAACUAAAAGAACAAUAUAAUUUGUUGAUUGGUGUCCAACUGGUUUUAAAGUUGGUAUAAAUUAUUAACCACCAACUGUGGUACCUGGUGGGGAUUUAGCAAAAGUAAUGAGAGCAGUUUGCAUGAUUUCUAAUUCAACAGCCAUAGCUGAAGUAUUUUCUAGAUUAGAUCAUAAAUUUGAUCUUAUGUAUGCCAAAAGAGCAUUUGUUCAUUGGUAUGUGGGAGAAGGAAUGGAAGAAGGAGAAUUCUCAGAAGCAAGAGAAGAUUUAGCGGCUCUUGAAAAGGACUAUGAAGAAGUCGGAAUUGAGACAGCUGAAGGAGAAGGCGAAGAAGGUGAAGCAUGAU